UGAAUAGCUAAUACAUGUAAUCAUUAAAUUACAGAAGUUUAAUUUUAAGAGUUUACGUAGCAUGACAGUAAACAAUGCCAAAGGCGGGGAAAUCGGACCGUCUUUCCAAUGUCCGUGCCGAACAUUAUACGCCCGGACCUUCACCUGGGGCGGGGGGGAGGAUAGCAGUGAAUCGAGAAAGGGGAUAUACUCAAAGCUGCAGUGGGCAAAAGGAAAGAAACCUUUGAAUCCUUUUCUUUUUUCAUCUCAUAUAACAAGAUGGUAAAUACAACAACAAUAUGUACAUCACAAAAUCAUCAAUCAUCCAUUAGAAUCAAUCAAUUCACACAAUUUGGAAUUUUCGCAGUAGACAGCCUUUUUUUAUGCAUUUCAGUGAUCGUAAUGAUCAAUAUUGAUGAUUGAUGAUUCAUAAUUGAUGAUUGAUGAUUUUAGACAUUCCGCUGCCAGACCUGUUCUCAACGUUUACGCCGAGUGCGGUAAGACCGUUUCUGCUACCGUCCCUCUCCCCGCUGUCUUCAAGGCUCCCAUUCGUCCUGAUAUUGUCGGUUUCGUUCACACCAACAUGGCCAAGAACAAGCGUCAAGCUUACUCUGUUGCCAACAAUGCUGGUGAGCAAACCUCUGCUGAGUCUUGGGGUACCGGUCGUGCUGUUGCUCGUAUUCCUCGUGUUAACGGUUCCGGUACUCACCGUGCUGGUCAAGCUGCUUUCGGUAACAUGUGUCGUGGUGGUCGUAUGUUCGCUCCUACCAAGACCUGGAGAAAGUGGCAUGUCAAGACUAACCUUAACCAAAAGCGUUUCGCUACUGCUUCUGCUUUAGCUGCUUCUGCUCUCCCCUCUUUGGUUAUGGCUCGUGGUCAUCGUGUUGAAAAGAUUGAAGAGGUUCCUCUUGUUGUUGCCGACUCUGUUGAGAAGUUAACCAAGACUAAGGAAGCUGUUGCUCUCUUAAAGUCCAUCAACGCAUACUCUGAUGUUGUCAAGGUCUCCAACUCUCGUAAACUCCGUGCUGGUCAAGGUAAGCUCCGUAACCGUCGUCACAGACAACGUCGUGGUCCCCUUGUCAUCUACAACGAAGAUAACGGUCUUGUCAAGGCUUUCCGUAACUUGCCCGGUCUUGAGCUUGUCAACGUCCGUCGUCUUAACCUUUUGCAACUCGCUCCUGGUGGACAUUUAGGUCGUUUCAUCAUCUGGACCCAAUCUGCCAUUGCUCUUCUCGAUGAGCUCUAUGGUACUUAUGAGGCUCCCGCUACCUUGAAGAAGGACUAUGUCUUGCCUGCCCACAUCAUGACCAACCCUGAUGUUGCUCGUCUUAUUAACUCUGACGAAAUCCAAUCUGUUGUUCGUCCCGCUGGUAACAAGCAUCACAAGCGUCCUUUCACUCAAAAGAAGAACCCUCUUAAGAACCAAGGUGUUAUGAACCGUCUUAACCCUUAUGCCCAAGUCCUCCGUCGUGCCGAACUCGUCAAGUCCGAGAAGGCUGCCGCUGGUAAGGUUGCUAAGGUCCAAAAGAAGCGUGGUGUCUCCACUGCUGCUUCCAAGAAGUUCUUGGAUACUCUCCGUUCCGCUUAA